AUGGCGGCUGGCAGUAGUCCUUCUUCUUCGUCUUCAAAUUCAGACACAAGUCAACAAGUUGACCGAAUAGCUCUCUUAUAUCCUAAAGUUAAUGAAUCAGAGACCCCUCUACCUCGAUCAUGGUCUCCUAAAGACAAAUUCACUUUUAUAGGGCUUUCACAGAAUAAUCUUAGGGUGCAUUACAAAGGUUAGUGAGAUUUUAUGUAUUUUUGUUUUCUUUCUUUCACGGGCUCUGAAUUCCAUCCUUUUGGAAGCUAAUUCGAAAGGAGGUACUGUUUUGGUUUUAUCAUUGUGUGUACUGUCUUUUUCUGACCUAAUAAAACGGUUCAGAGACGAAAUGCCGCAUCGAUUACCUUUGAAACGACAGAAGUGGUUGUCUUGUGCUAUUUGAAAUUCAUCUUUAUUGUUUGCGCUUUAUCAUCAAAAUUGAAAUUUUCCCUGUCGGCGGUUUGAGUUUUUAAAUGCAAAUUAUUUUCGAUGGAUUACGCCCAGCAGUAGAAACAUUUGCUGCUGUAAAUUUCAAAUUGAAAUUUUGUUAUCAAUGAAUAAAAUUUGAAGACGGAUGCUUAUAAGCGCAGAUUAUUUUUACUUGUAAGCUUAAACUUAUAUUGUUUACUCAAUGAUGGAAAGGACUUUGCUUGGACUGAGCGAACGAUAACGCUUACUGUUGAUGUGCAUGUCUUUUCAGGUGUUGGAAAGACACACAAAGACGCGGCCUCGGUUAGGGCUACGCAUUCGAUUCCAGCGGCCUGCGGUAUUUAUUAUUUUGAAGUCAGGAUUGUUAGCAAAGGACGCGAUGGGUAAGGAAUAAUCCCGCCUAACUAAAUCAUCAUUGUAAUAACAUAGCAUUUGUAUCAGUUGUUUUCAAGUUAUUUUUCCGGAUAAUGUUUUUUUGUGUCACAAUUAGAACAUAUGCACAAGGUUUAAUUGCAUUUCAGGAAGAUACAAGGCGAAUGCACGAUAGUAAAUGAAGGUUUGGUGGUUUUUUCAAGAAGUUUCAUUUUUAUUUCGGCAGUAGCGUGAAUUUUUAGUCAUUUUAAAGGUUUUCGUCCCACUAAAAAUAAAAAUUAAAAGUUCCACAGUAGUUCUUAACAAGAUUAUAGUACAAUUCUAUAUUUGCAUAUCCAGACUGAACACAGUGUUUUCACUUGCUCAGAAAGGCAGUGUUUAGAAUGUGGUGAGAGAUUGUAACUGUUGUGUUUAAAAUUAUUUAAGGGCAAAUUGAUUUCAAAGUGGUCUGAUUCUGUACUUUCUAUUUUUAAGGCUAGUAUGAUAAUAUACCUGGAAUUUAAGGGAAAAAAUAAUGCAGCCCUAUUUUAAAUAAUUUCAAAGUACAGAAUACAUGUAGCCAUAUUUGAUCAACACCUGUAAAGUGAAACCACAUGUAUAUUUUUGGUACAUAUGUAUUUUGAAAUCCCACCAGUUUGAUUGAAAGCUAAUAUGAUAGAGAUUGUUUUUUUUCUCUCGAUUCAUUGCACACCCAUUGUAAUAAGAGAAUUAAAUAUUUUCUUUGGUUGUAAGUGACAUUUUCAAAAAUUACUUAAAAUCUUCCAUUAUCUGAAAUCUUAGGGGUAGAAUUUCAACAGCACCAAUGAGUAAUUCUAUGAACCUCUACAUAUAUAUAUAUAUAUAUAUAUAAUGUCUCUGGAGUUAUGAAUAUCCCAGUACACCUUUUUGUUGUAAGUUAAGAAACAGGGUUAAUUUGUUUGAAACACUCUCUCUGGAAUCUCAUGCAUUCAUACAUACAUUCACUUUAGAGGGGUUUUUUAGCAUCAAAAACAAAAUCCAGAAAAUAAAUCUCCCAAUUUUUUUUCCAAUUUUUGCCUUUCUUUUCUUUUAAAUUCAUGAAAAGGAAAAUGCAUAAAACCUGAUACGAAAGAGGUGAGUGUAUGACAGAGAACAUUUGAUUAUUGGUGUUGAUUUGAUUUUUUUGCUUACAGCUAUAUGGGUAUUGGAUUAUCUGCGCAAGGAGUCAACAUGAAUAGAUUACCAGGUUAGUAAUAAAAACUUCAAUUGAGAAAGAGUAUUUUUUCAUCAUGGUGCUUUUUUUUUUUUUUUUUUUUUUUUUUUUCGAAGUCAUGAAGUAGUCCCAUAGUGUUUUUGAAAGUGGAGGAAAUUAACCUGAUUCUUUGUUCCCGGCUGAUAGGUUGGGAAAAAAAUUCAUAUGGUUACCACGGAGAUGAUGGGCACUCCUUCUGCUCAUCCGGAACAGGAAAACCUUAUGGUCCAACCUUCACAACAGGAGAUGUCAUUGGCUGUGGCAUUAAUCUGAUUGAUAACACAUGUUUUUACACAAAAAAUGGAGUUAAUCUUGGUAAUAUAAACUCAGCUGUUGCAGUUACGUGUAUAAGUGUGUCCUAUAAGUGUGUCCUAUAAGUGUGUCAAACAUUAGUUGUUUGUGUUUGUUUGGUUGUUUCAAUCAGGGACAUAUUUUACAAUCAAGGGGGUCAUGCUAUGUCUUUAACCCUUUAACUCCCAAGAUCUCAUAAGUAAUUCUCCUUACUGUCUGUCAUAUAGUUCUUCUGAUGUUGGUUUGGAGAAUUUAUCCUAAUUAAGAUUUUCUCUAUUCUCAUUACUUGUCUUCUUGAUAUUGUAUUGAUAUUGUAAGGAGAAAUUCUGUCUUGGUCACUCAUGGGAGUUCAACUGUCCUGGUGCAACAAAAAAAUUCCUAAAAAACUCAAGGACAUAGUAUGAAUUAAAUAAUUAUUUCCUCGAGUCUAAUUUGCUAUAAUCAUUAUUUUGUUCACUCAUGGGAGUUAAAAGUUAAGGGUAAUUAUGUGAGAAUAGGAUCUUCAACUGUCCAGGUGCAACAAAAAAAUUCCUAAAAAACUCACGGAAUCAGUAUGAAUUAAAUAAUUAUUUCCUCAAGUCUAAUUUGCUAUAAUCAUUAUUUUGUUCACUCACCCACUCACUUACUAUUUUUUUUCACUGGUUUUACAGGAAUUGCUUUCUCAGACCUACCUGUAAGUUUUUUAAGUGUUAUUUUUUAUUAAUUGCAUUCUUGUUUUUUCAUGUUCUACUAGUGGAAUUCUUGGUUAUUAUAAGUUACAUAUACAUGUACUUAUAUCCAGAUUAAUUAGAAUUUAUUGUUUAAAUAUUACAGAUUGUAUUUCUCACUCAAGUCAUUUCCUUUUAAUUGAUUGUAUUUCUAGGCAAACUUAUACCCAACAGUUGGUCUUCAAACACCAGGAGAGGUAGUAGAUGCAAAUUUUGGCCAGCAGCCUUUUGUCUAUGACAUAGAAGAAGUCAUGAAGGUAUAUGCUUGACUUACAGUAAUUUAUUAAAUUUACAAACACUCAACUUCAUUCAUAAGGUGUAUGAUCUAUGGGAAAAUUUGACAAUUUGUAACUUCCAUUCUUGUUUCAGUAAGUUUCAAGUCCAUUUUUUCCAAUUUAAGCUUGCUCUGAAACUUUUUGAAAUUUUUCUUAUUACUAUCUAACCAGGCAUUCGUUUUUAUCUUUCUUCCUUUUACAUGUUUAUAGGAAGUUCAUGCUCGGACAAGGCAUACAAUACAGACAUUCCCUUUCACAGACAAAGAGGGCCUAUGGCAGACAACACUGCAAAAGUAAUCAGCUUUAAUUAGUGCAUGAAUUGUACAGUAUACCCCCUAAAUCAAUCUUGUUUUCAUUGUACAUAUAAUAAUAAGAGCAGUAUAAGAAACCUACAAACUCAAUGGAAGUAACUGCUGCAUUUUCAGUUUCUUGCUGAAUCAAUCAUCUGCUUUUACCACAUGCUUACCUGCUGCCUCUGUUAGCAGAGUCCAUGCAUAUUAAAAAUAACAUUUGCAUAAUCAAACAACUAUCAUAAUACCAGUGUGGUGCUCUACUAAAUGAGCCAAGAAAACACAGAAUGGCAGCCAGGGCAUGCAUUAUUCUUGCUGAUUCAGUCACAUUCUUACUGCUUCUUAUGUCCUAUGGAAUUUAGGGUGGCAUAGACUUCUCUCUUUUGACUCUGUUCAAUCAUGUCACAUCCACUUUAGAGUUUGUUACUUCUCCUGUCGAGAGUGAGCUUCUCUUCGUGUUUGCAUAAUAUACACAGAACAAACCCAGUAUAUGAUUGUUUUUUGUAUUCUCACAUCAUUGUUAGGAUUGUAUCAACGUACUUGGUUCAUCAUGGCUACUGUGCUACUGCUGAGGCUUUUGCUAAGAGUACUGGACAGUCGUUUACAGAGGAACUGGCUUCGAUCAAGAACAGACAAAGUGAGCCAACAGUUAUGCAAGACAGACCUUUAAAAUAUGCUUGUUGAAUUGUUUGCAAGUUUGAACUGAUCAGUAUUACUAACUAUAAGAUAAAACAGGGAUUGAUGCUGAGUCAAAUCAAGAUUAUGGGUUUCAUAGCAUCUUUUGAAUCCUUGUUUGGUUUGCAAACUUCCUAGAUUUUGUUGCAAGUCUGAAUGUUAUGAUCAUUAUCAAUGGGGCUUUUUAUUCUAGUACAUUCAAUGGAAUAACUUUGUCUCUGCAGGAAUACAAAAGUUAGUUCUGGCUGGCAGAAUUGGGGAAGCUAUCGAAACAACACAAACAUUAUACCCAGGACUCCUAGAAAGAAAUCCAAACUUGCUUUUCCUUUUAAAAUGCCGGCAAUUUGUGGAAAUGGUUAGUGGAUGUGACAGUGAUGUACGACCCGCAGCCCAUAGUCCUAGAUCUAGUCCUAAUGUCAGCCCUUCACACUCAUAUAGUGCAGCAUCAAUUGGAAGUGUUGCAAGUAGUUCUCCUUCAGCCACCAAUGGCUUUGUUGCAAAUGGCACAUGUAUAGACAAUGGAUUUGAAGCUGAUAAUGUACAAAUGGAAGUUGAGGAAUUUGAAGAAACAUCAAGCAAUGGUGUAGUGAAUGGAACAGAAAAAAUGGAUGAGAGUGAUCAUAGUCCUAGCAGAGGUAAAUGAGUAGUGUGAAUAUUCAGGUUUAUGCUAAAUUUUUGACCCUCCACAUCAAAGCAUUCUUUAGCAAGAUCUGUUUAUCUGCUUGGAAUACUGUACUGUACAGUAACAUCCAUGAAAAUGACUCUAGCAUAUUUUCAAACUAGUUUGGUUUCUCUUUAUAUAGGAUUGUUAAAAUCGUCAUGAGUUCAAUCAGAUUGUGACCUUGACUUGCAAAAAAAUUAGGAUAGUUCAAAUAGAAGUUGCAUCAAUAGAAAUACUUUUUUAUCAUCUAUUUGAGCAGUCAAUGCUUUUUGUUUCUUCAGAUUCCACUGGCAGACAAAAUUUUUGUCAAAAUAGAACUGUGCUUGAAAAGAUUUUAGCUUUUGGAAGAGAUUUACAAACUAUGAGUGUACAAUUGAGGAGAGAACAUGGAAAAAAUGAGACAAAUAAGAAGACUCUUCAGGCAAGUCAAUUCUGUAACUUUGUGUUUCCUAUUUUAUUUCUUUAUAUAUUUAAAUGUCCAGUUCAACAACAUUGUUUUUAGCAUGACAAUUGAAAACUGUUUAUAUUUUUCAGGAAGCAUUUAGUCUUUUGGCUUACACAGAUCCCUGGAGCAGUCCUGUGGGGUAUAUUUUAGAUCCUGUACAGAGGGAAUCAAUAUGUUCAUCUUUAAAUAGUGCUAUCUUAGGUAAUUUUGGAUAAUGUUUUUACACACUCAUAUUAUUAAAAGCUGCAUGUACAUGACAAUGGUUUAAUUACAGUCCAAUUAUGGAUGUUUUGACAGCCUGAGAAGAGCUUGACCUUCCACAACAUACGUAGAUAGAGGUACUCAGGUUAAGAGGUGAUAAAAAUUGAACUGCUGAAAUAGCUUCUCAUGUCUAAUGGUGACUUCUGCUCAGGUUGUGGAAAUCUCAAUUGCCAUUGUCAACAGCUGUGUGAUAAUAUCUUUUAACUUAACAUAACUUUAUGCUUAGCAUGAAUCUUUUUCUUUUCGGUGUUGAUAAACACAUGAGCAAAUAUUUUUAACUAUUCAUAAACCUGUAUAUUCAUUGACAUUGAGCUAGGGAUAAAGAAAUAAUCCUGCCUGAAGAAAGAUUUCAUUCAUCUGUCACAAGAUUUUAACCCAAAAAAAUUAGUUCACUUUGUAGAUUCAAACCUUACCCUCGGAUUUUGCUAUCUGGUGCUGUAUCCCUGAGCAACAAAAAUUGUUGAUUAUCUGGGGCACAUACAUCUGUACAUGUACCAAGUUCAUAAGUUAUGUGACAGAAUUCCUACCUUACUAUUUCGGUUGCUUUCUUACAGCAUGUUAUGUCCUAUGUCAUAUGGUAGCAUAGACUUCUUUCUUGUGUCUCUGUUCAAUCAUGUCACAUCCACUUCAGAGCUUGUAACUUCUCCUGAGCUUUUUUUCAUGUUUGCACAAUAUGCACAGAAAAAACCCAGUAUAUGAUUGUUUUUUGUAUUCUCGAAUCAUUGUUAGAAUUGUAUCAAUAUACUUGGUCCAUCUUUAGGAUCAAUGUUCUUUAGUCUUACAUAUUAACCCGGUAUCUGGCCUAGCUCACCAUCAAGUUUCCUUUAGCUCCAUGGUAGAGCAACAGAGCACCAAAUCCAAAGGGGCAGGGUCUGACACCUUGUUGUGGACUUGGAUUUUUUCCCUUUCUCCUAACCUCUUGUUAUGAAUGUUUUAAAACAUUUUAAUUCUAUAUUCAACCAAGCUUAAAUUUACUGUCUUUCUAAAUCCAUUGAUCUUGUUUGCUUUCAGAUUCUCAUCACUUGCCCACAAAACCCCCUUUGGACUUAAUUCUGGGACAGGCUCAAGAAUGUUUGAAACUCAUGUCAAAGAUUGGACUAGGAGCAUGUGCAUUUGCUAGUGUUGAAGAGUACAUGUAACAUACAAAUGUGGGGCAAAUGUUUGGUUAAUCUGUGGAUAAAAGUACAAUGUUUUAUAAAAGCUUAAAAUGACUCAACAUAAAAAGUCAUUGUACGCAGUGUAAACAUAUCAACAAAUGCAUUACUUACUGGUACUUAAGUUUUUAUCAAAAUGGUGGUUAUGAAUUUACAUGUAGGCAGCAUUUUCUCUGAAUCUUAAAGUCUUUUAUGAGUAGAACCAAAAAAUUACAUUGCGUGGUAUCAAUAAUCUUUUCACACCCACAUCCAAAGACACUUGUAUUGUCUAAAUUAGAUAUUACAAUUUUUACAGAAAGACUCAUAGUAGGCAACCAAGACAGUUUUCAUUUCCAAGACUGUUAACAGAAAUCCUCAGAAUUGCUUUGAGAUUGUCUCCAGAAGUUCACACCACUAACUCAACCAAUCAUUCACUGAUAGAGUAAAUUGUGACUUAUGUACUCUCCUUUUGAUAUUUUCCUCUGCCUUCCUUAUCAGAACUGGUAUCUUAAACUGCUAGACUGUUAUUGCACUGCUAUACUGUUAACCUACAUGUAAAUCCAAUUCCUUAUUUUUGGGUUAUUAAGGGGUAAAAGAACCUGAAACAUUGUUUGAAUUUGUAAUUUGCUAUAGGGGUUUAUUUUAUUUUUUGAAAUAUUGUAAAAAUUCUGUAAUAACUUGACAGAUACACAGUCCUGUAUAUUAGUCUUGUUUUUUUUGGGUUAGUUUUGCAUUGCACAUCUUGCAAAUUGUCAUUAUUUUUGUAAAGUUUAUCAUGAAAAUUAUUUGGGGUUAAUUAGAGGGUUUGUGCAGGACAGCAAGAGGGUCAUGCAUGGUUGAUGUCAAAGGGUACAAGUUCUACAAUAGGAAAACCAUGAACAUCUGCUUUCUGAUAUUCUUUUUCCCUCUAAAUGACUGAUUUAGCAUUCAACUGCUAUUAGUUUGUAUUACAGGAGUGUAGUGACAUAUUAUUCUCUAGUUCUGCAUUGUUUUAGAGUAUAAAUCUACUUCUCUAAUCAUGGCACACCCUCCAGAUGGUUGCCUAAACAGCUCAACACAGUUCUUUUACUGGCUAAUAGCCGGAUUUGUCACUCAAACCUUCAUUGCAUUUGUAAUGCAGACUAAAUCCAGAUGAUAUAUUGCAUAUUAAUCAGAGGUAUUCUCUACUAUUAAAUAUCUUUCCUUUUUGUCUUUUUGUUGGUGAGUUUUUACAGAAAAAUCUGUUUGACAAUCAAGAAAAGCAAUUUUGAACUAUAUACUGUAUAUUACUUUUGAUUAGUGUAGGGGCUAGGUUCUUUUUUCAUAAGUGUGUAAAUAAACUAUAUAGAUUUUACUUUUUUGUCUCAC